AUGGGUUCGAGUUCGUUAUCUUUCGACAUUGUAAUUUCUCUUUUGUUGAUUCUGAAUAACUUUGGUGCCUAUGGCACUUGCCCACCGGAUUUCAAGGAUGUGGGCGAUGGGGUCUGUAUGAUUCAUCUGCCGCUUGCAACCACCUACUGUGCAGCUCACCAGCUAUGCGAAGUGAAGGGCAAGAAAAGGGGUUUACGACUUUUCGUUCCGGGCAUUCAUGCGGAGAGAAUUCCCACAUUCUUUCCAAGUGCCGCGACAGUAUUCACAAGCUUGCAUGCAAUGUUGAACCGGUCUAGCGAUCUUCGAGCCGGGUGGCGAGUAGGUGAUCCGGGGUUUGCAAAUCUCGAAAUUGGCAACAACGCUAACGCAGUAAGGUGGUAUUCUGGUGAACCAGACGAGCCCAAUGAAGCGAUUGCGCUUUAUGAAAAUGGUAGACUCGUCGAUAAGAUACAAACUGCGCUAAACGCCAGUGAUGGCAUUUGUGAAAUCUCUAAUCAAUCAGAUAAUGGAUCGUUUGAACGAUUUCUGAUCAACUGGCCCUAUUCAUUUAAUUCCGUCUAUUUGCAGGAUAGUUGGGCUUCCGGCUGUUUCACUUCAACUGUGGUACCGACUUUGUUAUCCUGCGGAUUUCAGUAA